CUCACUGUUACAGGAAAGAGGAGUCAGAAAAAAAAAAAUUCCCUCCGUUGCAGUGCUUAUAAAUUAAAGCCUAGCCCCGCCUUUCCAUCCUAUCGAGGAAAAAAAAGAGAGAGAAAUCGCAUUGCGACUCUGGCAUGGCACUUUCUGGACAACGAAAAUAACCGCCGUCUCUAGUCUCUCACCCACUGCCCUGUCACCAAUCAACCCUCCCCCUAAACACUUCCCUCACUCCUAAUUUCGCACUGCUGUCGUUGCUUCCAGCUGUUGCUAUUGCCGUUGUUUUUUUGUUGCUGUCAACGCCGCGAUCAAGCUCUUAAUCUUAUAGCGUGAAGAAAUGGAUACCCAAACAACCGUCUUGGCGUCGCGCCAGUCCGGCCGGAGCUCCGAGAGCAGCUCCCUGGACGCUAUUGAGAAGCAGAAGCUCGCCAACAAGGAGCUUCCCCAAACUCGCCCUGAUCUGCACAAUUCGGCGUCGCCCAAGCGAUGGAAGACCUUUUGGAAGGCCUUCCGGUAUCUGAACAACCUCACCCCCAAGCAGGUCGAUGACUUCAUGGCAUCCUACGUCAUCUACAAUCUCGACUGGUCUGACGAGAAAGCGAUGAUUGAGACGCUAGGUCCGGACUAUCAGGCAAAGGUUGGCGACUGCCUCAAGGCGUACUAUGGAGUGCUCAACCACCUGUGCGCGCUGGGCGACGUGGAGAAGAUGUACAUCCCCCCAUUUAUGAGCAAGAAGGCGACCGUGCUGGAGAACCAGUUGUUGUACGAGGAAUCGAUUGCGCAGGAUAUCGGCCUUAGCGCCGGCGAUCACGUGUUGGACCUGGGUUGCGGUCGCGGAAGAGUGGCCGCGCACAUGACGCAAUACUCCGGCGCGAAGGUCACGGGACUCAACAUCGAUCCUAAUCAGAUCGGCCAGGCUAAGACUUACAAUGAGAAGCUCGGCUUCGCCAACAAUUCAUUCGUCGUCCAGGACUUCAACAAUCUUCCCCUGCCCUUUGAGGAUGCUAGCUUCGACGCUUUCUACCAGAUCCAAGCCCUCAGUCUGUGCAAAGACCUUCCCUCCCUCUUCCGCGAAAUUUACCGGGUCGUCAAGCCCGGCGCCAAGAUCUCCCUCCUCGAUUGGGUUAGCCUGCCCGACUACGAUCCGAGCAACCCCGAGCAUACCGAACUCAUGCGUCGCGUAAAGCCUUUGAUCGGUGCUGUUGGCACUCCCACCCCCGAAAGUCUCGAGAAGGCCCUUACCGAUGCCGGCUUUUCUGUCGUCCGCUCUGACAAUGCCAGUGUUGGAGGUCUGCAGGCGCCCCUCAUUGACAAGGUUGACUUCUACUUCCGCUCCAUGCGCCAGGUCAUUUUGGGACUGGUCAAGACCCACGUGUUGCCCCGCCACUUCAAGACCCUGAUCAACCGCUUGUGUCUCGACGGCGAGGCUUUCAUCAAGAUGGAUACUAUGCGACUCGUGACAACCAGUUAUCGCAUCAUCGCCCAGAAGCCUCUUCAAUAAACUACACACACUAAGAACAGGACUGGGUAAAGGGAAUCGGUCAUUUGCUGCACAUCGAGGAUUCAUCCACGCGGAAAAGGGUCACCGCCCUUGCAUCCAGGAAGCAGACUAUUGUUUGUGGGCUGGGGUUUCCAUGAGACCCCGACGAUGAUAGCUGGAUGGGACGCUUCCACACAUGCAGUAUUCCGCGACUGGAUAUUUCACACGUCUAACACGUCUCUCUUCGCGAUAUGCUGAUGACAUGAGCAUGUCACUCAACUUUGGCACAUAUGAGUCAGUCGCGUCGAGUUGAUCGCCGCAUCUUUCCUGGUCCUGUGGCCACGGCGUGUUUCUGUCCAUAAA